UCCCAUUGCUCACGACGGCGCUACAGGUUUUGUCCUCAUCUUCCGCACUGCAUUCGUCCACUGCCGGACUGCCGUUUCCUUUCUGCAGACUCGGCAUGAAGACUCGGCACCCGUAAGUUUGUGCACGGGUAACUCUCCAUCAGCUUUUGCACUUCUGAAUCUUCUGCCUAUAAAAACUGAAGUCUUUUAUUUUACUGUGUCGAAGUGGAAACGAGCAAAAUCGGAACCAACCGGCUGAAUGCUGACACAUCACGGAAUGAAAUCAGAAGAAACUAAAAGCAUAAGAGGACUUUAGAUAAAGCUCUCUAACGAAUAAAUUAGGGCUGUAAACAGACGGAGGAACUUCUUCAGCUGCUUGAACUCUGCACAUUCCGGAACACCGACUAGUGGUCAGCUCGUGGUCUGUGAGUCCGCAGUGAUUACCUUUGUCUUAAAGGACAAGUAUAGGUGUCAUCGAGACAGUGCUCACACACUUUCAAAUCUAAACAUGGUGGAGACUUUUGAUUUGUCAUGGCUUGAUUAUGGAGAAGAACUGAACUCAACUGAGAACCACACUCACGGGAACUCAACUGACUGGAACACAGAAGAAGGGAGUCAUGUGAAACUCCAAGUCCACCAUAUCCUUAUUGUGUUCUUAUAUACUCUGAUUAUAGUGUUGGGAGUUCCAGGCAAUGCUAUAGUCAUUUGGAUUACAGGAUUUAAAAUGAAGCGCUCUGUCAAUUCAAUCUGGUUCUUAAAUCUGGCUUGUGCUGACCUCCUUUGCUGCCUCACUCUCCCUUUUAUGAUGUAUACAAUCAUUCAUGACCACCAUUGGCCCUUUGGAUUGCACAUGUGCAAGGCGGUCUCUGGCUUCAUUCUCAUUAACAUGUUCUGCAGCAUCUUUUUGCUUGGUGUCAUCAGCUUGGACCGUCUAAUCCUAGUAGCCAAACCUGUAUGGUGUCAGAACCACCGGAAUGCCCGCCGUGCCAGUGUGACAUGUAUUCUGGUCUGGAUACUGGCACUGCUCCUCAGCCUUCCAUUAUUUAUUCACCGUAGAGAAUUCAAAGAUAUCUUUAGUGACAAGAUCAUCUGUGAGCCUGGCUUCAGCUACUUUGGUCAAAAUGUCCAGGCCAUAGAGCUUGGGAUGAGAAUCUAUCAGUUCCUGGUGGGCUUCCUCUUCCCAUUUGGUUCCAUCACAGUUUGUCAUUUCCUCAUAUUUCGACGAGUGAGUCAGAAUGGCCGAGGAUUCGGUAACAGGACAAAGAAAACAGUACGAGUGAUCUGUGCAGUGAUUGUCACCUUUUUUGUUUGCUGGCUGCCAUAUCACAUCAUGAGUAUCCUGAUUGCAGUCACCCCUUCCAACUCCCCAUGGCACUUCCACCUGCUGCACAUUGACUUGUUUGCGGUCACUCUGGCCUACUUCAACAGCUGCCUCAACCCCCUGCUGUAUGUGUGCAUGGGACAGGACUUCAAGGAGCGCAUGCGCAAGUCCCUGAAGAGCGUCAUGGAGAACUUCAUGAACGAUGAAAUGCCUUCUCAUGCUGUGGCCACCCUCACCACCAAGUCCUCCUCAAUAAGUGAUCGAUCAACUCAUAUCUGAUGAAGAGGACAAAGACUGAGGGACAGAGGCAUCAGCUGCCAUUUAUAUGGGGGGAUGAAGUGCACCAUCAGCCAAUGCAUGUGUCCUUCAUGUAUAUAGUGCCUUAGCAUUGUUUGCCAUAAGUGUGAAAGAAACACUGAGUGCUGCCAUGAGACUAAUUGGGGCUGACAAGAUGAGGAAUGUUUUUUCCAAAACAGAAUAAAGACUGCAUUGCUUUAAUUUUCUUCAGACGCUUCACUUUGAAGUCAUGCACGCCAAAUACAUGUACAGUAUGUACCUAACAUAUGAAGAUUUUUAUCGCAUUCUGCAAUAAGGGGGUGAAGCAUCGCAUUGAGCAAAACUAUGUGGCUGACAUCUGAAUGAACCUCCUUACUUUUCCAUUUUAUCAUUUUUUUAUUAAUAAUGAAAAAAAUGACUAGAUAAAUCAACCUAAAAAUAACGCGAGACGCAUCAACUUCUACGUUGACAUCGAUCAAGCUGGGAUCUGAAACUGGUUUUGUUGGGUUGAAUGGCCUGUUCUAAUUAAACUAACGUUCUGUAGUGUAAUUUGGAAGAAUAAUGGCGUCAGGCUUGGGGCAAUCUACCUCCUUAACUAAUCAUGAAAUUCUUGUACUAAUAUUUCAUAUGUCUUUUCAAGUAAAAUUGGAGGAAAUGUAAUGUACAACGUGUGUCUGAUUUGUUUUAUACGCGUGCUGAUUGAUAUGUUAGUCUGUAUUAAGAGAUAAUAAAAUAAAGAAGAAAGACCUCCUUUA